AUGGAUGACCACGGUGACAACAACCUCACGGAAUCUCAAGCGCUGCCUCCGCUGCCGGACAAUGACAUCGACAAGGAGGCCUCUGAUGGCGUCAACGACUGCACUGGAGGUCUCUACAACGGCACUCCUCUAGUCCGCAAAGAACCCGACCACAAGAUCUGCACCAAGAUUCGACGUUGUAUUGUCACAGGCAGGAACUGUCUCGAGGACCCCACCCACCCCAACUACAAAGCCAAGACCGAAAUCUGGGCUGCCGAAGAUGACAAACGACGCGAAAAGCACGUCGCCCAAGCCAAGGAGUACGAAGAUCUCGUACUCUUGAAGUACCUCGAGCAUCAGAACGCCGAGGUAAGCCGCGGCAGAGAAGCCGAGAACAGUGUCCCCUUGAAAGCUCAAGACCCUGCAGCCGAGCACCAGUCCACCAAGAACACGUCCCACUGGUGGCUAGACUACAACAAACCAUGGCCCCGUGACCCUAACACUGUCCUGCAGGGCCCAAAGAAGCGCUCCGUGGACACCGUAGUCGAUACCGAAGCCCUCAACGGUAGCAGCAGCAUAACCGUCAAGAAGCACAAGAGCGGCGACACUGAUAUGAGACCCCCAUUGGGCACUCUCGCCAAAGACUGGGAAAAUGCAACCCACGCGGCCCUUCAUACCGAAGACUGGAACCGUCUGGUCCUUGAAAGACCACCUCCAAUGUGCGACUUACUCGACAAUGUGUGCGGGACCAACCUCAUGUCGCGAGGGUACAACGGCUCAACGGAUAAGGAUGGCAGAAUCAUUUGGCCAAAUCGGCGUAAUUCCUACCCAGAGCUUCCCAACUCCAUGCCGGUGCUUGCCAAUGCCGGCGUUGCUCUCGAUCCGUUUGCGCUUAGCAGGUCCCGAUGUUUGACAACUACCACAUCCAAAGGCCUCCCGAGUUGGGCUACCGGCUGGGCCGAGGAUACGUACAGCGGCGCGGCGAAGGUGCCCUCGGCAAUCAACGCCCACGCUGCCCGAAACGCGAACGGCAGAGUCAUCCUCAGUAGUGCUUCCAAUGUUGCUCGUACGACCCUUGAACCUACAGAUCAAGUUGGCCAGGCCAACACAUUCAUCAAUCCGGCAUCCCCAAAGCAGAGUAUUCCCGGCAGUAUCUCAGACGCCCCACUCUGUUCGGGGGAGAACCGCGACGAAAAGCGCUGGGAAGUCGAGAACGGCCCAGGCCAGCUCGUCACGUGGCCUGAAAUUGUAUCAGGCGGCGAGGACGAGGGCGAAGCUGGCCAGAACAAGGUCAAGCGCGACUGGACCCACGUGAAUGAUGAGGGCAAGCAGAUGGACAUUGGGGCAGGCUGGGAGCUCAUGUGA